AUGAUAUUGAUGAAGAUGAUUUUAUUGACAUUCUGUUUCUAUUUGACACUGCAAUUGAAUCACAUUAGUGGACAAUUAAAUGAACACACCAAUGUACAACAGAAUCAAACUAUCUCACAUAUUGUUUUUGAUGCAAAUGAAACUAAUCCGAUUGCCAAGAACAAUCAAUCGGAAAUGGAUGUUACGAGUCUAGUGGAAAAUCAAUUGAAUUCAUCAUUACCAAACGAAAUUCCGAUGUCUUAUUUAUCAGUGACCACAUCGAAUGAUCACAUGUACGAUGAAAAUGUAAACGAAUCAAAUGUGAAAUAUGGAGGCGAAGAACAAGGAACAAAAUCAGAUAUUGACAAUGAAAAGAAAAGGAAAUCACAACAAACACAAAUUAUCAUAGAUUUCAGUGGAACAAAUGAGAAAAGAUUAGCGUUACAAAGACAAAUAUCGGAAGGAGAUGACAGAAAAUCUUCGAUUUUACAAAAUCAAGAGCAGCGAGCAAUAUCGAAAACAGAAAGAAAUAUCAGUGAAUUUCAAGUAGAGCAACAACAAAAAAUAAAACAAACAGAAAAACAAGAUGAUCAAAAAUGUCGGAAAGAAAACGAAGAGAAAAUUGAUAAAAAGCCAAUGCAUACCAAUAAUGAAACAAUAUUCACUACUACACAAUCCACAAAACAAAAUUCUGAAUCACCAAAAACACAUCCAGUUACCGACGUUGUGCUACCAACAACAGAAGGAUAUCUCGAAAAUUCAAAAGAAAAAGAACAAAAACAUCAUCGAAAACACCGAAAUCACAAUCACAUGAACAGCUCGCGCAAUUUCCCAGAGAAAACGGACUCGAAAUCAAAAAGGAGACCAACACAACCACCAUCAUACGAAUAA